AUGGAUAUCAUAUUUUUCAGCGACGUAAGACCAGAUUCCGAACUUCUACUUUGUCGAAAUAUCACAGAAGUUGGAUCUCUUCUUUGGGAUGAAGAACUCAUCGAGAUAGUUCUAGAAGCUGUGAAGUGUCGAAUAAGAAUUGGAAUAAUUGAAUUUCCCUGCAAAACCUUUACGAAGGCAUACCACUCCGUAGCAGCUGCCACCAAGUACAACCCAGAUCUUCUACCAUUUGACGAAUUCAGAAGUCUUUUUCUUGAGACGUGUCUCAUGUUGAAAGAUAGAUUCGCCAACGAAUUGCUCGAGGAGUUACAUAAAAAUGACCGAUUUGUAAACCUAUGGGUUGAUUUAGAGGCAUGUGAUAUUUAUGUGUGUGUGUGUAACGUUGUCAUUGGCUCGAUUUCUCAACAGUAUGCAACAACUGUAUUCCGAUCGGAUUCCAAUGUCACCAACUUCUCCGAUGCUUUUUGGUUGGCAUCGCGAGGUCGAAUGAGCAAGGAAAAUCUGAUGCUCUUCUCCUGGAUAGCUAUCAAGUCCGAGUUUACUUGCAAACUAGGUCAUUUGCUUGCAUCUUUCAUUCGUCCCGAGAUGAUCGAUGUCAUGAAUCAAUGCAUGAAGUUUGCUCAUAGUGCCUACCGUACUCGUGAACUAUUGGUAACAAUGGCAAAUGAUAAAGAGCUAAUGUUCCGAAUGAAAUGUCCACAGUCAACUCUUGAUAUCUCAAGAGCACACCAGAACAUCAACGGCACCGACAGUAUGAAUAGAGCACUUCGGACAAGGCUUCGCUUUUUUGUUUUCACUCUGGAACAAGUCGUAUCUCACUUUCGUGAACUUUUCUCUGAUAAGGUAAGAUACGUCUUCAAAGAAAAACGAGAAGAAAUCGUCAGUGCGACCAGUCUAAAAGAUGUAGAAACCGCGAUGGCUGACGGUUACAAAAAGAUGUCAGAUCUGGUGAUUCGAGUUGGUGUUCGCCGAAUGGUUCAUGAAACGAUGGACAUGUUUAUGAACAUGACAGAUGAAAUACGAUUAAGGUAA